GUAGAAAACUACUCGAAGGAAUGAAAAACUGGUUUAGAAAUAGUUUCGUAACUUAUCUCCGGGACCCAUAAGCAUGAAAACGCAAACUUGGACGAUGGUUUAAAGAAGAGAGCAGCGGGAAUAUUUUCGUUCUGGGCAGAGAUUGAAAAAAAUGGCUGAGGCUCACGUUGCUGUUGCUUUUAGUUUCGCCAUAACUCAUGAAGGAGUAAACAUCAAUUAUGAUCGUGAAGUUCUCAGUCUGGUUUGGAACAGUGGCUUGCGAUCAUGGAAGAAAAGAUUUGCUCGUUUUAUGAAUAAUAUACACUGUGGAAUCUAUCCUGCUUCCUUGUCCAGCUUGUUUGUUCUCAUUGCCCUGGUGACAGCUCUUUUUCUAGCAAAUGUUGAUGUUUCAUUUGGGGGUAUAAAACAGUUAGAAAGUUUCAUUCCCGGAGAAUCCUUGGCUCCAUUUACAGUGCAGCUGGCUGCAUGCAUAGCAUACAGUUCCUGUCUUUGGGUGACAAUCAUUCUUUUCUUGCGGUAUACUUUAAAACUUCUCCUUAUGUAUAAAGGCUGGAUGUUUGAAGGACGUGGGGCCAAAAAAACUUCUCUCAAAACUUAUAUCUGGGCAGCUUUAGUUCGAACAUUGACCAUGAAGAGACGUCCAAUGCUGUAUUCAUUUCAAAGCUCGUUGCCCAGGUUGCCCUUGCCUUCCCUUGAAGAUACCAUGUCUCGAUAUUUGCUGUCAGUCCGCCCUUUACUGGAUGAUGAACAGUACGAGAAAAUGAAACAAAUGACCGAUGAAUUUCAGUCUGGAGUUGGCAGGAAGCUUCAACGAUACCUAUGGCUCAAAUCUUGGUGGUCGUCUAAUUAUGUUACUGACUGGUGGGAAGAUUAUGUAUAUUUAAGUGGAAGAUCUGCAUUGCUGGUUUACAGUAACUGUUAUGGUCUUGAUUAUAUGCCUCUUCCAACAACAUCUCAGACUGCAAGAGCUGCAAAUUUCAUUUAUGCUGCCCUGACAUUCCGUAAACUCCUUAAUAAUCAAACAUUGAAACCUGUGACAAUACAAAAUUUCAUUCCACUUUGUGCUUGGCAGUAUGAAAGGAUGUUCAACACUACUCGUGUACCAGAUGUAGAAAAAGAUCGUGUUGUCCAUCUUUCUGAUUCGCAGCAUAUUGUAGUAUACAACAGAGGACGAUAUUACAAGUUAAUGGUUUAUAAUAAAGGUCGUCUCUUGAAGCCUGCUGAACUUCAACUUCAGUUAACUCAAAUUCUGGAAGAUCAAAGUACUCCUGCCUUGGGAGAAUUUCAUUUGGCAUCUUUAACUGCAAACAACAGGACUGUGUGGGCAAAUGCAAGAACAACUUAUUUUUCUAAAGGACUUAACAAAGCGUCUUUGAAAACAAUCGAAGAUGCUGCAUUUUUCUUGGUAUUGUAUGAUGAAGAAUUGGAUUUUAGUCCGAAUGAUCCUGAGAAGCUGAAUCGGUUUUCCCAGGCUGUCCUCCAUGGGAAAGGUCACACUAUGUGGCUGGAUAAAUCAUUUAACAUAGUUGUUUCAAAAAAUGGCAGAUUGGGAUGCAACUGUGAACAUUCCUGGUGUGAUUCACCUAUAAUGUCUCAUUUCUGGGAAUUUUGCAUAGGCAUGGAAGCUCUUACUCUUAAAUAUAAUGAAGAUGGUAACACUAUUGGUGAAGUAACAGAGCCUCCUCCUGUCCCAAUAAGACUGAAAUGGGAUCUACAUCCAGAGUGUCUGGAUUUAAUUAAAUCAUCAAUGCAGAAUGCUACUGCUAUCAUUUCUGAAGUGGAUCUCCAAGUUUUAUAUCAUGCAGACUAUGGUAAAAAUUUUAUAAAAUCAUGCAAAGUUAGUCCAGAUGCUUAUAUACAAAUGGUGCUUCAGCUUGCCUAUUUUAGGGAUGCUGGGCGGUUCAAUCUUACGUAUGAGGCAUCUAUGAUGCGCCUGUUUAGAGAAGGGCGAACUGAAACUGUGAGACCUGUGACCCAAGAAUCCUGUGAAUUUGUGUUAGCUGUAGAUAAUUCUGAUAUUGGAGCUAAGGAGAAACUGAGACUGCUGCAGAGAGCUUGCAAUAAACAUCAAGAGUCAUAUCUGAAUGUGAUGUGCGGAAAAGGUAUUGACAGACAUAUCUUCUGCCUAUAUGUUCUCUCAAAACACCUAGGUGUGGAAUCUCCUUUCUUAAAAGAAGUUCUUGGUGAGCCAUGGAGGCUGUCUACUAGUCAAACACCUCAUAAUCAUGCUGGAAUUUUAGAUACAAGAAAGUAUCCUGAUUAUGUAUGCUUGGGUGGAGGUUUUGGACCAGUUGCUGAUGACGGGUAUGGUGUAUCAUAUGAUAUAGCUUCUGAAAAUGUGAUGUUUUUUCAUGUUUCUAGUAAAAGAACAUCUCCUGAAACUGAUACGUUACGCUUUAUAGGCUGUAUAGAAAAAGCACUUCAGGAUGUUAAACAAAUCUUCUUAGAUUCUCAGUCUGAGAAAUGAAAAGGAAUACCAUGCUGGAUCAAUCUUAUUUUUCUAGUUGUGUUGUGGAACAUUGCCACAGUAUACUUAAGACAAUUGCAUUUAAGCACAGUCGCAUCAUGUGUUCUACAUCUGCAUUUUCUGGCUAGUGUUUUUAUACCACCAUUUGUAUUCUCAUAAGCAUUUCUAUUUUUUAAUGAAUUUGUUUAAACCAUUGCUUCUGUGCUUAGAGUAUUUCUUACCAUUUCAACUUAAUUCAUAUCGUGCACAGUUAGAAAUUUGCGGUAUGAAAAAAGUAGGUUUAACAUUGACAUAUAGAAUAUCUUCUCGUAUUUUAUACAAAUUUCAGCACGUGCCUCAUUAAUUGUACCACAUGGACAUUGUUUCUACAAAAAUUAUACAAGAAGUACGCAGUUCUGCAUAUGCAUACCAUUGGCUAUGGAAGGAAGGCAUUGAACUGUUCUUCAAUAUAUAUUCAUUCCAAAUUAUCAAAUCUUACAAAAGUCUGUAUAUUUAUAGGAAUGGUAGGAUUAAGAUAUAUCUUCAUUUUGAAAUUUUUUAUUAAAUGUUUCCAGUUUUCUCUGAAUGUUACAAAACUGCCAUUUUAAGAAAUUUGGUGAUUAUUCCAAAGGUAUUAUGCCUGUAUCAUUAACAGCAUCUUACUGCUGCAUUAGUCUGUGUACAGUCCUUUAGAUGUAAAACAAUGCCAUAAAUAUGUACAUUUUUAAGCUCUGAAGCGAUAUAUUUGUAGAUAGCCAUGAAGUUCUCAUUCCUAAAUUAUAACGAACAUCUUAGAAAUGGAACUCACAUGUACAACAGUUUAAUCACUGUUAUUACUUUAAUUAAAAAAGUAUGUUUCUCAUAUAUGGUAUCUAGAGAGCAGAUAUAUUAAGAUUUUGAUCUAAAAUUUUUAUGUAUAUCUUAUUUAAAGAACUACUUUGUGUAUUGAAUUUUUUAUUAUACAUAAGAAAAAGUUUUAAUGAACAUUGAUUGAAAUUUUUUAUAGCUUUAUUUUUAAUCCAGUAAUGCUGGCAUUCCAUUUAUUGUUUUUGUAAAUAAUUUUGUUUGCAAUGCAUGUGUGUAUCAUGCUUGCUAAUUCCUAAGAUGCUGAUUGUCAAAUAAUGUUAUGUCCUCUUUUUCACUUAAUUUUUAAGUAUGUAAAAUUUUUUCUUUCAUAAUUGUAAUUAAAAAGAAUAAAUUAUUUUCCAUCUUUUAACAAA